AUGACGAAGGCUUUCUUCAUCAUCUCCAGGAAGACGAUGCAUUCUGGGAAAAAGGUGAACCCCACCAUGCGUGUAUUGGUGUGUGUGUAUAUGUGUGUGUGUAUGUGCAUCAUUCUUUAAAAAGCCCUGCGUCUGGCAUGAAUAGGAGGAAGUGGCUCCGACUUCCCGAGGAAAUGUGGAGAGGAAACUUGGGGGGGGGGCUUUGACCUCUCUGGCUGCACCGGAGCCACAAGAAGACUCACCGGACAGAACGAGCGAGGGAGGGAAGGGUGGAGGAGGGCGAACAGAGAGGAAAAGCACUACCUUUCAUUGUGCUGGGACGAGUGUGGAGGAAAGAAGGACCCCUGAAAGACAUUCUGCUUCCAGACGUGGGAGAUCACCGCGGUGAGGGUUUUUCGAGUGAAGAUGAGGUUCCUCAGAGCUCUGAGCGCUCUGCUCUGCUGCUCGCUGUCCUCUGCCCACACACUGGAUCCUGGUGGGAAAAACGUCUGCAAGGAUUCAAGGGACUCCUCCACUCUGGUCUGUUGCGCUGGAUGGCGUCAGCAGGGAGAAGGCUGCGCUUUACCUGUCUGUGAAGGUGAGCGGGCGUGUCUUGAGAACGAGAUCUGUGUCUAUCCUGGAGUGUGUCGCUGCCCGCCCGGCUACUUUGGAGCUCAGUGUAAAACACGCUGCCCCCCUGAGUUCUGGGCCCCAGACUGCCGCCAGGUGUGUCCGUGCUUCCCUCACGGCCUCUGUAAUCCUGUCACCGGCGAGUGCACGUGCAAACCCACCCGCUGGGGUCCCCUUUGCCAGAACACCUGCAGGUGCAUUCCCAAUGGCCGCUGCCACCCGGUCAGCGGAAACUGCAUCUGCGACGAGGGCUGGUGGUCCCCGUCCUGCUCCAAGGCGUGCCAGUGCUCCGGCGGUGGAUCCGUGAACUCCAGCUGCGACCCGCUGACGGGCCGCUGCCGCUGCCGCAGGGGAUACUGGGGGAUGAAAUGCCACGCCAGGUGCAACUGCAACCAGUCUCCGUGUAACGAGCGGAACGGCGUGUGCGAGUGCGAGGCGGGCUCCUGGGGGUCCAGCUGUGGCAGGAAAUGUAACUGCGACCUCUCACGCGGCAGCUGUGACCCGGCCUCUGGGGAGUGCCUCUGCCAGCCGGGUUACACGGGGGUCUCGUGCAGCGACCCCUGUAAAGCCGGGGACUACGGCAGCGGCUGUAAGAUGAGGUGUGGCCACUGUAAAGACAGCCGGCCGUGCUCGUCCACGGACGGCGCCUGUGCCGCCUGCGAGCCUGGCUGGAACGGCACUGGAUGUGACCGGCCGUGCGCCUCUGGGUUUUACGGUGAUGGCUGCGAGGGCCUGUGUCCCCGGUGCAAGAACGAUGAGCCGUGUGAUCCAAAAACAGGGAAAUGUUUGAGCUGCGACGCCGGAUGGAGCGGACCCAGGUGUGAGGAGCGCUGCUCCGACGGGACGUACGGAGACGCCUGCCGCUUCCUGUGUGGUCCCUGCGUUCAAGGCCGCUGCCACCACGUGAUGGGGAGAUGUGUCUGUCAGCCGGGCUUUCAGGGAGAGAGCUGUAACAGCACCUGUCCCGCUCUGCUGUUCGGUCUCAACUGUUCGUCCGUCUGCGACUGCGGCGAGGGGGUCGGCUGCCACCCGGCCACCGGUGCCUGCCCCUACAGUGGGAGAGGCGCCGUGCUCGCAGGCCUGCUGGUUCCCUUGUUCCUGCUGUUUUUUGCAGUCCUGGUCUGCUGCCUGUGUUGUGGAGGAGGUCCCGCUGAUGGCAAAAACAGUGCGACGGUGGCCGACGGCGGCCUGCUGGUCAGGAUGAAAUAUCACGUCUACAGCGUCCUGGCAAACAUCGGUGCUGCCCUCCCCUGCAUGUCUGACUGGUCGUCCGGCCUGCCUCGAGUCACUGUGUCUCACCACGACCCAGAGCUGACCUUUAACCACAGCUUCAUCGAGCCUCCCUCCUCUGGCUGGGUCACUGAGGGGUCGUCCUUCGACAGUGACGAAGAGGAGGGAGAGGCUCUCUACUGCGUUCCUCCAAGAGAAGAUAUCGCGGCCGUGGCGGGCGGGGAGUUCCAGGAGAUGAGCUCCAAGUGUAACAUGUUCCUGGACCCGUCCGGGUUCAGCAGCGAGGACAUCACCUCGCCCUUCAACAUCCCGCGCACCUCCAGCAUCGCCAAGUCCAAGCGGCCGUCUGUGUCGUUCGCCGAGGGCACCCGCUUCAGUCCUAAAGAGAGGCGCGGGUCCGGCCAGGACCCCGGUGCUCCUCCGCGCAGCAAAGCCAAGAGCCCCUGGGGGGUCCUCAUGCUGUCGGCCCUGCAAAGUCAGGGAGGCACGGCGAGGACCGGGGAGGAGGAUGGAGGCGAGGAAGCGGAGCGGGGAGACGGCGAAGAGGUUCAAACGGCGGAGGAUCAAGAGUCCGGCUGCGAGGCUGUGGACCAGGAAGUAGACCGGACCCCGUCUUACGCGAACGUACAGGUUCCUGGGACGUCCGGACGAAGACGGACCAUGUCCAACACGGCCGCUCAUAGAGGAACCCCGCCGCUGACAUCUGAUGGCGAGGCGGCGGCUUCUCAUAAGCUUACCACAGUAUAUGUAACAGUCGGUAAGGCCGGCAGGCCUGUGACCAAAACAGAGCCGAGCUCUGAAGGGCCCGUCCAGGCAAUGCUGCGCAGACUGGGCAGCCUGCAGAGACAAAGAGAGCAGGACGGCCCAAAGCCGAAGUCAAAGGCCUCUGAGGCGAUCGCUAAACCGCCGAGAAGGAAGCUGGGAGCUCGGGCCGCCGUGUGGGAGCAGGGCGGGCCGCCAGGAGGGGAGGCUAAGCCAAUCAGGCGGAAGAACGCCGCGUCAGAGGCUCCUGCAUCAGAGGAAAACACUCCUAAGAGGCCUCUGUCGUCGAUCCUGAAGAGCGUGCCAGAGGCGGCAGGCGCCGACUGCGUGUCCGGAGCCGCGCAGGGUGUGGAUGCAGCCGCGGGGCAAACAGAGGGCGGCUACCUGACAGUGGGGCCAGUAGGAGAGGCCGCCCAGAUUAUCAAUGAUGAACCCUGCUAUGAAAACGUCUCAAUUACACAACCAUAGCUCAGAGGCGCCAAGUCAGCAGGUCUGAUCGUAACGCGACUUCUUUAUCCCGGCGCAGUUAACGACGUUACGGACAGAGACUCCAGCUUUUUGGAUGAUGGUGCUUUAAUACAUCGAUUUACAGACGUACAGUUUACGCGGCGGUGAUACAGUUUUUUUUUUGUGUGAUAGAAAACGUCUUUAAGACAAAGAUUGCAGUCCGUUUAUGUUGGAUUAAGGUUUAAUGACUUGAAAACGAAUACCAUGAAAACACGUCGGAACAAGAAGCAAAACCUGCAAAAUGCUAAUAUCUGUAGAACCGUAAAAAAAAAAAAAGAAGGCGUCCUUUUCAUUCACACCCCUGAAUGUUUCUGUGCCGUUUGACAUGAAUCCUCGGUCACAGAUUGAGUCACAGGGAACUGAAAGUGUGCCGGGGGGAUUUGCAUGUGUGCUGGAGAAUUAUGGGAAAAAAUGAAAAUACAUAUUAAAGAUUCAGUUCCUUAUUAAGGAAUGACGGCAUGUCGGGAAGUAAUGCUAUUUCUAUCUCUGGAAUAGGAAUCAAAAUAAAAAAAACAUAACCCCGAUUUACUUCUUAAAAAA